ACCGCCAUGGUUUCCCUCGCUACUCGGAUACUUGGAGCUCAUCUUACCUCACGUCUGCUAGCCUCACAGAUGUCUUCGCACACGCAUCUUCUCAUGCCGAUACACCGCCAUGCCAUGAUGUCUGCGUACUCGCCCGGCUCCUCAUCCACCGUACCGAUUCCCCCUCGCCCCUCCGGAUCUGUGCUUGGAGAACAGCCACCUGUCGUCUCACCUGCUAGAACACCAUCUGCGAAGGAUUUUUCCCCAGAUGCCUCAUCUCCGCAAAUUGCGGCUCGUCCCCCGCCGGCUCCCAAAGCGGAGAGGCCAAGACCGAAGAUCCGGGCGACCAAAGCGGCAAUAGCUCUUACGCCAACAGCCGUAGAGCGGCUGAAGGCACUCGUGAAUAGCCCGACGGCGCAGUAUCUGCGAAUAGGUGUCCGGAAUAAGGGCUGUGCAGGACUGUCAUACCACCUAGAAUACGUGGACAAGCCGGGGAAAUUCGACGAAGUUGUAGAGCAGGACGGCGUCAAGGUGCUCAUAGACAGCAAGGCUCUUUUUUCUAUCAUCGGAAGUGAGAUGGAUUGGAAGGAGGAUGCGCUAAGCGCCAAGUUCGCCUUCAAGAAUCCUAAUAUCAAGGAUGCAUGUGGAUGUGGUGAAUCAUUCACCGUCGGACAUUAAUUCUGAGAACGCUCUUCGACACGAUGUUUGAUUUCCUUUCAUGUCGUACUCAUACGUUACUAAUUGUCCAUCUCAAUGUAUCGAUAUCCUCUGCACUUCAGGACCAAUAGAUCCAUCUCCC